AUGGGAAUUGCACCGUUCUUUGACAAGGCGCCUAGCAUAAUCAAUCGGCCAGACGGCUCUGUUUUAUUCGAGUGUAUGUGUAAUGCCAACCCCGAGCCCACCGUAACUUGGUAUUUGAAGGACAAGGAACUGACUGGGGAUCGGUACGUAUUCAAGGUUAAGAAGCAGGUCGGAAAAUACAUGUGCACUAUGAUUAUGAAGGUAAGUUGGAGGUCGAUGUAUAGUGUAAUGUAAAAUAGUUGUAAACACAUGGCAAAAAACAAAAAAGCCAUUAUUUUUGUAGGCUUCCAAUCCCGUUUUAUGAAAGAGUUCGCUUUGACUGACUGAGCAUAAAAGUUUUCGAAAUGUAAGCUACUCACAGUGGAAGUACCCCAAUUGCGACCCUCAGAUUUUGAAGAAACUCGGCACAAAUUUAGAAUAUUUUUUUCUAAGAUAUAUGCGAGAAUCCUAGCCCGCGCUUUGCAGAAAAAAACCGAGAUUUUUAGAUCGAAAGUCAGCGAAAAUUUGACACUUUUUGCCGAGUUUCGGCACAAAAAGUUCCAUGCCUAUUUGUACCAUAGAGGGUAAUGUUUCCACAAAAAAUCAAUUUUUUCCGCACGAAACUAGCCAAGUUAUGGCCAAAAAGUGUUUUUCUCUUUGACCGCUCUCCACGUUCAGUGUACACUCUCGGCGGUAAAGAGCGUUGAAUAUCCCGGCUGUGCCUGCAAAGCGCGAGCUAAAACUUUAAGGAAUUGAUAUUUAGUUCAUGCCUCACGUGUGCGCAAAAUUGAAGCAAAAUCUGAGCGCCGCACUUGGGGGUACUACUUCCCCUGUAAACGUGACACUAAAUCCUUGGAGUUCGGAUUUUCAGAAAUUUCUCCAUAAAAUUAGCUACUUUAAGUAUUUCUAUACACAUGAUAAGAGUUCUAAAGCUCAAAUUUUUGUUUAGAACCCCACCCAAUCCGACCAAGGAAUCUACAAGGUCGUGGCCAAGAAUCCUCAUGGUGAGCACAAGGUGGAGCAGAGCUAUGCUGCUGUUUGUGUGGCCAACGAAGUCUUCAAAACCCAGUAA